GAAACGGCAAACAGUCGGCGUUUGGAGGUCUGACGUCGAUUAAAAAUAAUUAAUUUUGCUUGUCCCGAACGCUUACCUGAAAAUGAACUCGACUACGCACUUUUUCAGCAAGCUGAAAAAACUUGCAGUGACUCUUGAGUCGGAAACUUCCAGCCUCCAGCUCGCCUUUGAAAAUCGCAACAGCGACGGCGACACCGAAAAGACAGCCAGACCGAUGCGUGCGUAUCAUGAACUGAACUGCGACGUCGGGAAUCUGAAGGGGCAGAUCCAGGAUCAGCUGGCUCAGCAGAAAGCACAGAAUAAUGAGGUGAGCAACUUCAUUAAGGCCUGUAGAGUGAUGGAGCAGAGGGUCUCUAAAGACAUUGAGUCACUGAAGAGACACUGGAAGAACUAUGGUUACCAAGCUCCCUCUGACAGCCAGAGGUCAACCAAGCCUAAAGAUCAGGAAGAGGAGGCUGAAGAUGAAGUAGAAGAUGAGGAUGAAACUAACUCGGGAGGAGAAGAGGAAAACGAGGAGGAAGAGAGUGUCAAAAAUCCUUCCUCAAUGCCUCCAAAACCAGAGCUGCCCAACAUCGACAUGCUGCGAACCCCGCAGCUCUCUGACUUCGGCCUAUCUGAUCUGCAGCUGAAGAGAGCUCUGGCUGGGGGGGGGUGGUGCUCAGAAGUUCCCCCAAUGUCCAAAAUGAACCUCCCUCACCCCCCAUUCAAAGCAUCUGCACCAUCACCCAUGCCCAUUACCCCCAAAUGUGCCCUGCAAAUGGAUGACUAUGAGCUCCAGACGCCCCAGAUGCAUGACUUUGGCAUCACAGAGCACACUAUGUGUCUGAACAAUGACUUCACCAUGAAUCUGUUCAAGAAGAAGGCUGAGAAGCCGCAAAGGCCAUCACAAGAUACAACUGAACCAGCAGUAAACACUAUAUUGGAGAGUUUACAGACAAAAGGUGAAAAGUUGGAGUCACCAGAGCCGCCUGUGUUUUGUACCCCGGGGUUCAAGAUCAAAAAAACAAACGGUCACUGCUCCCCAGCUGCACAAGACACUGCUGACCCAGAAUCUCCCUGUUGUCCUGGCAACCUGCCUACCACCCCUGAAGUCCCAGCAUUUAAAACCCCGUAUGUGAACCGACUGGUCAGCACCCAAAAGAGCACACAGCAACCUGAUCCAUCCAUUACGCAAACAGUUAAUGACAGCCACACCUUCAAUCUUCCAACACCACCUUGUAACAAGGCAGCUGGGUUCAAACGCACCUGGGAAUAUGAUGUGCCCGAUAUAUCCAUCACAGGCUUGGAGGACAAGCAGAUGCCAGAGAUGCCAAACCUGGAGUCUGCUUUGGGAAAUUCUUUGCAAACUAGUAAUGCAAAAAUGCUGAAGAUUAGUGAGAAAGAAAAGUUAGCUAAGCAGCCCACUGUCAGCAGUCUGGAGCUGGAUGGACCCACCCAGGAGUUCAGCUUGGGGACACCUCAUAUAAGGAUGCACUACCAAGAGCCCACCACCCCAGAGAUGCCAGACCUGAGCUCUGUCACUCAGGACAUCUGUAAGCUCGUGUCCCAGGCUCAGUUGAAGAAGACAACCAUGACAACUAAACACCCACACGUUAAGCCUGAAAAAGAGAGACACAGAGCUGCGAGCCUGUCGGAGGUAUCGGAGAGCGAGUUCCAGAGUUUACCGAGCUACCUGAGGCAGAUGAGCCUGUACGGCCUCAACCAAGCAGUCCACAACAUCAACAGUUUCAUAGCAGAGUAUCGAGGAGAAACAACAGAGUUUCAGAUGGAGAAGCUGAGGAGGAUCAUCGGUGUCGGAACCAAGGCCCCUAUAUACAUCCUCUGUCUUACAGAGCUCAAGAGGCUGAAGCAUGUGAGAGGAGACAGGAACACCUCUGUGUACAAACUGAUCACACACAUCUAAAGGUGGUCCAACCUCUGGCGCGAAUCUAAUCUGGACACACAAAAGCUACAGAGAUAUUAAUCUCUGACAGCUGCUUAAGCUCCUAUAAAUUCAAACAAAAAAAACAAGCAUUAUAAGACGAAUCCCAACAAAUGAACUCUCAGAGAAAACAUCCUUUAUAUGGUUUGUAUCUUGACUGUAAAUAGUUCUUCGUGGACCUGUAAGUAAUUUGCAUUUCUGUAGUUGUAUAGAGAGAUGGACAUAUGUAAUGUUUCUGUGAAAUAACAUGAAAAUUGGCUCAUUAAACAAGUAAUAGUGUAGUACAGUACAUAAAGACAUUUGUCUUUGAUGUUGGAUAAAAUAUGACAAAAAUGAUCAUUUUUUUAUCUUUAAGGAGUUAAGAAAUAAAAGUAUUUGUAGCUUAGAAACAAUUAUUUUACAUAAACU